AUGGCUCGUAAGCGUAAGGGGCAGGCCCUUAACGACUGCCCCUCGGAUCUAAACGACAUUCCGUACAUCCGCUGGAUGAACCAGCAGAUCGCCAACGAUCGCCAUUCUAGGGGAUUAUCCGCGCCGCCCGUGCUUGACGGCCAGGGAUCCACUGCACAGUCGCCCACAGCGGCCCCGUCACGUGUGCGCCGUCAGCCUGCAAGGACGGCAGCAACGCACCGGCCAGUCGUGGAGCAAUACGACGACGACCCUGACGACGACGACCGCGAAGAAGGGGGUGACUCCGAUGACGAGGUGGAGGAGCCCGAAGACCAGGGAAUGUCGCCCAGCGACGAAGACGAAGACGACGACGACGAUGAGGAUGCCGAGGAGGACGUCCCGGAGGAAGCACAGCCUGUCGCUCAGCCGCUGAAACGGAGCGCCGCACGCAAACAAGGGUAUGGCAAGGGCAAAGGCAAGGCUGCGCAACCUGCAGCGCACCCGGAGCCGCGGAAGAAACGGGCGGCAGCACCUGUCGAGCGCGGCUUAUGGUCUGACAAGGAGAGCACCAUUUUCGCCGCGGCGAAUUGGUUCAUGAAAGAUGAGCUCGAGCCACUCAAAGGGAAACAGGGGACGCAAUACUGGGCCCGGCUGCUUGCACACAUCAAGGAGUCGAAUCCCGGAUGGUGCAGGGGAAUUAACGCACUGCAGAAGCAGUGGCGUAACUUGACGCUCCUUUGGCGGGAGUACAAGCGUGCCGACGGGGGGUCGGGCAACGGCUCGGUGGAGAAACCACUAUGGUAUCCGUACCUGGAGCUGCACAACCAAGACACCGCCGCAGCCGCACCGCAUGCGGUGGUCGGUGGCGGCGCGACCAACGUCAACGUGCCGGCCGGCAUGGAGGUUCCAAUUUCGUCCCAGCCAGGCACGUCAACGCCAUGUUUUACGGCUCCGCCGCCGACGAACACUGCCACACCCAAGCGCGCCCGGGUGCAUAAGACGGCUACCAUGCAAGCGGCGAAGUUGGUGUCCGACACCAUCAAGGACUGCCACGGUGAUGCGAUGAGAGUCGUUGAAGGCCUCGUCCGAGAAUGGAUGGCGCAAGACCUGCGACUUGCCCGCGAGCGCAUGACUGAAUCGGCUCCCCCGGAUGUGCACCGUGCGCCGCCGGAUUUCUCCCCUCCACCGCCACGCGGGGAGUCCGCGCCACCCCCCGAAGCUGCACAGCCGCGGGAAGAUGUGGGCGACGUCAACACCGUCACUCCGGCUGAUGAGGAUGUGGAGAUAUGGGUGCGCGGCGCCGACGAUUAG